CACACGUACGUCCUGAAAGAUAAAUUGACUCUCUCUCAAACAACGACCAUCAUCCCCAUGGGUAGCCUUGUUCUUUCUCUGUUAUCAGCUCUUCUCCUCGCUGCCACCAUUACGGAAUCCGAAGCUUUCUCAAAAACAGUGAAGAAACCAUAUCCAGGACAAAAACUAGAGAAGCUAACCCACUUCCACUUCUACUUGCACGACAUUGUUACCGCAGACAAACCAACCUCCGUCGUAGUCGCUACAGGCCCCGCCUCAAACUCCUCGGCGACCGCUUUUGGUAUGGUUGCAGUUGUUGACGACAUAUUGACGGUGGGACAUGAAAUAACCUCAGCGGAAGUCGGGAGAGCCCAAGGAGUGUUUGCAUCGACCGACCAGAAAAAUUUUAGUCUCCUUAUGACUUUGAACUUAGUUUUCACGACGGGUGAAUUCUCCGGCAGCACCAUCUCAUUGUAUGGAAGGAAUCCGAUCAUGUCGAAGGUGAGAGAGAUGCCGAUCGUCGGAGGUACGGGAGCUUUCAGGUUCGGAGGAGGAUAUGCACAAGCCAAGACUUUUACGUUCAAUCUUACGAGUGGAAAUGCUGUGAUCGAGUAUAAUGUCUAUAUUUGGCAUUAAAUUAUUUCGACUUCUUUGGUGCUUUUCCAUUUUUACAUUGAGAAAUAAAAAGUUGGUGGAACUGGAAAUAAAUGUUUUUUUUAAUUGAUAUUGUGAUGUUUGUGUUAUUUUCUUAUAAGAUGUUAGGGUACCAAGAAAAAAAAAGAUUGGAUGAAAAAUGUAACACACUGAUUAUA